GGGCAUUUACAGCCUGCUUUGCACGGCUCCGCCCGCAGACAACCAAGCGCACCUUCCUCGCCAACAAACCCCGCCGCCAUGGCCCUGCACAGGACCAGCAUACUGAACCAAAUGGAUUACAGUCGGGACUCUAAAGAAGGGAAGCCGGCCCCGUCGACGGAGGAGCGGCUCGACAGCGGCCUGGACUCGCUGAAGGAGGAGGAGUACCAGGCGGUGGCGGCCGAGAUCCGGCUGCUCCACUUGGAGAGCGAGCCGCCGCAGCAGCGCCGACAGCCUGCCGCCGGACCCGGGGAGCAGCACGAAUGGAAGACGCAAAUCACGGAGGACGGAGACACGCUGCUCCACCUGGCCAUCAUCCACGAGGCCAAGGAGUACAUCAAGACGAUGAUCGACCUGUCCAAGAACACAGACUUCCUCAACACGCAAAAUGACCAGCGACAGACGCCGCUCCACUUGGCGGUAAUAACGAACCAGGCGGACGUGUGUCAGCGCCUGCUGGUGUCCGGUUGCGACCCCACGCUGGUGGACGACAGCGGGGACACGCCUCUUCACAUUGCCUGUCGCCACGGCAACCUGCUGUGCUUCAGCGUCCUCACCCAGAACUGCCAGACGGAGCAUUUACACACAGUGAUGGCCGCCUGCAACUACCACGGUCAGAACUGCCUCCACCUGGCUUCAGUUCAGGGUUUCCUGUCACUGGUGGAGAACAUGGUGGAUCUCGGAGCUGACAUUAACUCAAAGGAGCAGCGUAACGGUCGCAGUGCGCUGCACCUGGCCGUGGACCAGCAGAAUCUGUCGCUGGUCAAACUGCUGCUGAAGAAAGGCGCCGACCCCAACCUCCUGACGUCCGGGGGCCACACCCCCUUCCACCUCACCUACGGCCGCGACGGCGACGACAUCCGGAAAGAGCUGUACUCGCUUACCCACCCCGACCUGCGGGAGCUGCCCGACAGCGAGGAGGACAACAGCGAGGCGGAGGACGACGAGUCCGACGAGGAGGUGGGAUAUGACGACAUACAGUGGAAAGGACAUUAGCAGGAAGCGAGAGGAGGAAGUUACAGAGGCAGGCGGAUGACGGUAAAGGACAAGAGAAAGGGCUCGGCUACUUUCAACGUCGCGGAUUUGGCGCGUGCGCGACCGCCCAACGGAGCGGCGGCAACAACGAGUCCGGCUCCAGGACGCGGAGGGAAGAGCGAACACGCCGAGCUGUAAAUACAGGACCGCCGGAGGAGUGUCGCUGUACGAUGAGAGGAUUGCUCGUAUUCUGUGGACGCGGCAAAUCAUUAGUCACCAAAAAAACAUCAAUCCAUCCGCACAGAUGUACCUGCAACACCUCUGUUGUAUGAUAUUGUAAAUGCUGUGUAUACAAAGAUGUAUUUUUUAUGGAAGCUGUGAAUGUGUACAGUUGAGCAGGUUGUAUAUGUCAGGCAGCAAACAGUCCAGCACACUCCAGUUAAAUUAAAGACUCUCAUAUCUAACAGUAAAACAAA